AGCAACUGAAAAACGCCCGAAGACAUUUCAUUUGUGGCCGCUCGACACACAGGGAGCACCUCGAAUUAAACCGCGAGGUUUUUGAUUUGAAAAGCACCAACUCCUGCUUUUAAAAGAAACUGGCAGCAUGGACGAGUCCAAUAAUCCACUGCUGGUCCGGCGGCUCGUGCCCAUGGCCGCCACUCAGCCUGCGCGCGCUCACGCACCCGAUGACCCCAUAUUGCGAGGGUAGCUGGCGUCGUCCUGCUGGAGGAAAACGUGCACAGUCAGCGUGAGGAGACUUUGGCUACUAUCCACAACCCCCCCUCCCUCCCCGUCAUCCUCCUCUCGUCUUCCCUCCGACUGGCACAGAGAAGAGUGUGAGAGCCCGAGCGAGGGAACGUGGGAAAGAAGAAGACAAUGUACCAAACGCUGCUUCUGUCCUCCUCCCUCUUCAUCCUUCAUGUGAUGGGCACUCCUCAGUUCUUUGCUCAGCACGGGAGGAGGGUGUGUGGCCGAGACCUCCGUCACAGUGUUGCCAUGGCAACAGAGUCAUACGUCCAGCCGGUGCACAAGCCCUACAUCACCCUGUGUCAGGGGCAUCGCCUCUGCAGCACAUACAAGACUGUGUACUCAGUGGCGUACCGGCAGGUGAGCAGAGCAGCAACUCCUUCAAAUUUCUACUCAGAGUGCUGCCCGGGCUGGCGGAGAUUUCACUCUCACAACUGCAAUCAAGCUGUGUGUGGACAGCCCUGUGUGAAUGGAGGAACCUGCUUAAGACCCAACCAGUGUGCCUGUCCACUAGGUUGGACAGGGAGCCAAUGCCAAACAGAUGUGGAUGAGUGUGGCGAUCGGCGGCCGUGUGCUCAGGAGUGCGUGAACACAGCUGGCAGCUAUCGAUGUGCGUGCACAGACGGCUUCAGGCUCGCUGGAGAUGGCCGUUCCUGUCAAAGCCUUCCUCCUCCUCCUACACCUCCUCCUCCUCCUUCUCUUUCGCCCACCCAGACCAGCCAGGCAGCAGUGGGUGGCCACACUGAUGCGGGUGGAGGGUUCAGCCAGAUGGAGAAUGUGACAGAGGAGGUGCAGAGCCUGAGGAACAGAGUGGAGCUCCUUGAAAAGAAGCUGCAGUUAGUGUUGGCACCCUUCAGCAGCGUCUUCCCGCUGUCGCUGGACGAGGGUUGGUCGGAGAAAACCACCUUACUAUCCCACUCCUUCCAGCAGCUGGACCGCAUCGACUCCCUCAGCGAACAGAUCGGCUUUCUGGAGGAGCGCAUCGGUACAUGUUCUUGUCAGGAGAAUUAGCCGCCGAACACGAUCCCAACGUUUCCCCCGUGAAGUUAAUAAUAACACAAUCGUGCCAGAGAUUGAACACCAAGAAAACAGCUGCUGUUUGUAAGAGGAUUGAAGGCAGAAAUGUCUUCAGUGACGCCAUCACCGCACAAAUCAUCAUCUGUGAUUUUCACUAUUCCCAACAGCUUCAUUUACUUUUCUUGUUGAAUCACUGUCAAAUAUCUUGAUUUUGUAACAGUACGUGUGGCAGGGUCCAUUUCAGCAUUACGUCAUCCCUGUAACAUCUGAAUCAAACCCGCCUGAGGGUCAAAGGUCAAAUUGGCCACUUUGUCUCUGUGUUUGUUUUGCA